CUGGUUACUUUUCUGACGGCGCACAGAGAUCGAGGCUAAAUCUCAGGAUGGUACCUCAUGAUAAAAAGGUUCUCUGGAGCUUCAUGUUCCUUCUGGCAGGAGCUGCGGCCCAAAUGAUUCAGUACCAGGCUGCAUCUACCUGUGCAGUGACAGGAUCAACUGUCACCCUGCCCUGCUCCUUCACACCUAAAAAAUCUUUUCAUAAUGGUAUGAGAGAAGUUCCUCUGAAGAUCAUCAGAGCUCGCUGGUGCAAGAAUCAUCUUAUCUGUCAGGGAACAACCCCGUCUCUUUAUGACAGCGAUUCAGCAAACAACGAGCCUCGGUAUUGGUACCAGGGAGACCUGGAGGGAAAAUGCACGUUGCAGAUCAGAGGCGUUGGGAUGCAAGAUAAUGCAACCUUUCGCUUCAGGAUGGAAGCUAAUCAUUCUGAGGGACACUUUACAAACUCAACUGGAGUCGUCAUCACAGUUUUUGACCUGGUGAAAAUGAGGAUAAACAUCUCCAGUAGCAAUAGAGAGUUCAGCAGCGGACAAACAGUCUCACUGCAAUGCACCACUUCAUCCUGUACUUUCAAUCACCUGGAGGUCACCUGGCUAAAAGAUGGCUACGCCCUCUCAGAGAACGGCUCCACCCUCCAGCUGAGCCCUUUGACAGCAAAGGAUUCUGGGAACUACACCUGUGCUUUGAGAAGUAACGGGGGGACCCGGUCAGAGGCGUUCAGCCUGCAGGUGGAGGCAGCAGAGGAAGCCCCUGACCUGCAUCUGAUUGCUGGCGUGAUGUUCGGAGUCUUGCUGCUGAUCAUCACCCUCAUACUCGUCAUCUUCAUCGUUAAAAGGAAGCGAACAGCACCAGAGGGUCCGAACACUGUGGGUGGAGAAACGGAAAUGAAGAAUGCUGAUAACAUCUACAGCAGCAUCCUGAUGCCUCAUCAGGAGGAAGCAGGAAGUCAGAGGCGGCAAACCAGCCAAGAGGCCGAGGAGACCAGUUACGCCUCCAUCAAGUUCAAACACAACAAUUGGAACAGAAAAGCAGUGCAAGAACCUGAUCAGACCAUCUACUCGUUAGUGGCCACCAGAGGCUGAGGUCAUGUCCCACUUCCUCCCACCAGAACAAACACUGUGACCACAGGAGAAUUUGAUCUGUAGCAGUGGCUGUCAGUGUUUUCCUUUGAAUUAUGCUUUAAUAACUUGCAAUACAGUCCGGUUUUCACCACAGAAAACUCACUUCACAACAAAAGAAGAAUAUUCACCACAUGAGGUUUGCUGCAGAUCCAACCUACAGACCUCAGCUUCCCUUUUUUUGAUUCAUCACUUCUCGUGCCGCCAGAAGGAAAAACUGCAGCCUUAGAACUUCUGUGUUUCUUUGUUUGGAGAAGAUAAGGAAACCAGAAAACAUGGCCCAAAUGGACCGAAUCAGAACUGAAGGAAUUAGGAGAUUGUCUUACUGCCAAAAAUAUCUGUUUGUCUACUUCUACGUGUACAAGUCUUUGAUCACAUCCUAUUCUUAAGGUCUUAAAACCAAAACCAAAAACGGAGCAUUCUGGUCCUCAUGCAGAGCAGAGAUGGGGCUAUAGAUGGGGAUAUUAGAACCAAUGGUUAGGUAAGACACGUAAUGUCAUUUAAAUAAGUUCACCAUUAACCAUAAGGCCACUGAUCAAUCACAAUGUAACCGUUCCUUUAAAUGCAUAACCAGCUGGGAUCAGUAAGCAGCUCUUUGUUUAUCUGUGAAACUGUCUGAACCAAAUCACUUCCAAACUGCCUGGAUCUUCUUUCUUUUAUUUGGUACUCGUACUCGUCAUCUUCCGCUUUAUCCGGGACUGGGUCGCGGGGGCAGCAGACUCAACAGAGACGCCCAGACGUCCCUCUCUCCAGACACC